AGGCUCAUCUUGAAUUUUCCGUCAAAGUAAGACCUCUUGGCUCUUGGUAGACCGUAGGUACCUAUCGUUUAAUUUUGCGGGUGUUGCAGCGAUUCACUGUGAAGAAGUUGUGUCGUACCCUCGAUUUAAUUAACUACUGUUAUUAGAACAGUUCAGCAUUUUUCAAUGAAAUUAUAAAUCAUGUUGAAAUCACGCACGGUAUGUUACAAAUUGGGUAUCAGUACCCACAGCGGCUGGAUUCCUUUUGUACAAUGCUCUUUAUCUCGUGCUGCGUCUACAAAUGUUCAGGAAGCUCGAGAAAUAGUUGAAACGACUAGAGAAAAUACACUUUCCGACAAAGAAGUGGAAAGAAUUUGCAAUAAAUCUCGUUUAAAUGACGCUCAUAGAAAUCUGGUUAAUGGUCGUGUACCAUAUGAUACACCCGUACAAAGAUUUCACAAUACCGUAAAAUAUAAAAGACGAAUGUAUGGUAGGUAUGGAAGUACCAGUGGCGUUGACCCCGGAUUAGCGUGGCCAACGGCUGAAGACCUAGAAGAUAUACGUGAGUACGAAAAUGUAGCACACCCAUCGACUAUUCAAGAUAUGUAUCGUCAUGCGUUAGAGAGGGUGAAGAAAGAACAACAAGAAAUUCAAACACGCCAAAAACAAAUUGACGAGAAUUUCAAAAAAUUAAAUGGAUGGCUAAAAGAAGUAAAAGACAAAGCUGCUAAGAAACUACAAGAAGCACAAGAGGCUAAAAAUAAGAAAGCUAGACUUAUUGAAGAGGUGAGAAAACAUUUUGGUUAUAAACUGGAUCCAAAAGACGAAAGGUUCAAAGAAAUGCUAGCAAAGAGAGAAAAAGAGGAGAAAAAGAAAAUAAGAGAUGAAAAGAAGAAGAUUCGCGAAGAGAAAAUGUUGAAUUAUAUAAAAAGUUCUGAAAGUAGUAGCGAAAAUAAAAAAUAAUUUGUAUUGUGUGUAAAUUUAAAAAUUUAUUCGUAAUUAAAUCAAAUAGAAAAGCAUAUA